AUGUCCAUCAAGCCACUCCCGGCGGAUGUCGUGGCCCAGAUCAAGUCGUCCGUCGUCAUCACCUCCCUGAACAACGUGAUCUGUGGGCUCAUAAAGAACUCGCUUGACGCUGAGGCCACCAAGAUCAACCUGAGUGUCGACUACUCCCGUGGAAACUGUUCCGUAGAAGACAACGGCGCUGGUAUUCCACCGUCUGAAUUUAGAAACGACGGGGGACUGGGUCAACUGCACUACACGUCGAAAUACCCGCCACGUCCAGAUACUCAUGGCAGACACGGCGUUUUCUUGGCGUCGGUCGCAUCGUUGUCACUGCUCUCGGUGACUUCCCAUCACCGAGAAUACCACUCGCACAACUCGAUGAGCAUUCACAACUCUAAGGUCCUGGCCCGCCAUGUUCCUUGCCCUCCCGAGCAAAGGAUGCUCACGUUCAACCAUGGUACACGUGUUACUGUGAGAGAUUUGUUCGGCUCAAUGCCAGUUCGGGUCAAACACCGCGCUCUCCAAGGCGACAAGUCUUCGUCCGCUCGGGAUUGGGACCGACUUCUCUCCGACCUCGUCGCUUCAAUGAUUGCUUGGCCCGGAGAAGUCUCUGUGUCGAUUCGCGAAGUUCAUAGUCGGCAGAACCUAAGUCUGAGGACCGGCUUUCGACCUAGAGCAUGGCUCAACGCCGGUUGCCGACUCCUUCACCAGGCAUCACUUUGUGACAGCCCCAAUACAAGUGAUUGGGUCUCCAUUGGAGCUUCUUCACCAAGAUUAUCCAUAGAUGGAUAUGUCUGCCGUGAGCCAGUUGCGACGAAGCGUGUUCAGUUCAUCAGCCUUGGCAUCGAGCCGCUAUCAAACGAGUCUCAAUACAACGUUCUAUUUGAGGAGGUGAACAAAGUGUUUGUCGACUCUGCUUUCGGUGCUGUUGAUUCCGAAAGUGAUUCAGAGGGUGGCCGUAAGAAACGCAAGAUGGAUGGCUUCACCAGCAAAGAGCUGAAACUAAGAAAAGGUGUGGACCGGUGGCCAAUGUUCUUUCUGAAGAUCACGUACAUACCUUCAGCGAUCAAUAGGUCUGUGGAUGUGGAUGACAUUCUCGAUGACCGACAGCCAAACCUUGCAUUAAUCACGGACCUUUUGAAGGCCACUUUCUACGAGUUCUUAAAUAAGAACCACUGCCGACCGAAAAAGGUCACUCUAUCUGCAAAGAGUAGAGACGGACGCAGUGGGUCGAAUGAGAAGUCAUUCGAGAUGAACGAGGAACAAAAGAAGACACUGGGGGCUGAAUCAAGCCUUGUAUCAUGUCGGAUGGAAAGGCCUACCCGCAAGACAUCGAAACUCGAGAUCUCUGACAGCAGGUCGGAGUCCCCAUUUGACGGGUGGUCGAGAAUCAAGUCUGGCCAAAUACUGCCUCAAUUCAAAGGCUCUAUGCAGCCCUCACGUUCUCAGUCGCCUUCUUCGAGUUCCACAAUAGGCGGUCACAAUUCACGCCGCGUGUCCGAACUUGGGCGCUCAAGAGCUGUUACAGCGGGGCUUUCUCGUCCUCCGCUAUACGACACCAAUGGCAAGCUCACACGAAAGCCUUUUGAUGACAUCGACCCCAAGCAACUGCGCAGCCAAGCUUUGCAUCUAGGAUCAGCCUCGCAGCAGGAAGCCACGGAAAGUUCGACAAUGCCACCGCAACAGUUACCUCAAGAUGAAGCCCUCGAAUGGAUCAACCCUGCUACCAAUUUGGCUACCCUCAUAGAUCCCCGGACUGGCUUCGGGUUGCCUUCCAAGCCUUUGACGCUGAGCAGGAGGACUUCGGAAAAGCUAUCCAAGCCGGAAAUGGCGGAGCAGAACAGCCCUUUGGGAACGAGUAACUGCAAUCCUUGGGUUACAGAACUGCUGAAAACGUGGAAGAAUCCCGUUUUUGAGCUGACUGAGCGGCCGAUACCCAAAUUGCCUGACGUAUCGGAAAUGCUGGUCAUCGACGCCAAGCCUGGCAGCCACAACUGUAAUCAUGGGCCGCCAGCUGUAAGCAUGGCGUCAUAUCACGAAACGUCCGCCAUGGGACUCCAAGCACGGGUAUCAAAAGAUGCCCUUCGCGGGGCUGAUUUAAUAGCCCAAGUCGACAGCAAGUUCAUACUCAUCAAGGUGCCACUAAAUAUCGUCCAGGAUGGCCGGACGGAGACCCAGACAUUCUCAGCCUCAUCAUCCCUCGUGUUGAUCGACCAGCACGCUGCAGAUGAGCGAUGUCGCGUGGAAGGUCUGAUGAGGGAUUAUUUUGUCCAUGAUACGACAAGUUUGAAUAAGCACAAAUGGGAGGCAGUCACCGAAGUUCUGACGAAGCCGUUGUUCUUCGAGCUCUCCAAGCGGGACAGAAACGCUCUAUGCCGAGCACAGGAAUAUUUCGCGCACUGGGGGAUUUGCUAUGAUGUAGAAAUUCCCGGUUCCGGUCAAACCUUCGGAAGCAAGAAGUCCAAGGACCAAGCCAUUGAUGCAAAAGCCAGAGUUGUUGUGCGAAGCCUCCCACCCGCUAUCUUAGAGAGAUGCAGAACAGAGCCUCGGCUUCUUUCCGACCUCAUCAGGACGGAGGCCUGGAAGCUGAACGAUGAAGUUGGGUUGACCCAAAAGCCAAGGACAGGGCCCAUUCUACCUGGACAGGCUGAAGAUGGCAGCCCGGCUUGGGUGUCGCUGUUCCAUGGAUGCCCACAGGGAAUCAUCGAGCUGAUCCACUCGAGGUCCUGCAGGAGUGCGAUCAUGUUCAACGACCCUUUAGCACUUGACCAGUGCGCCGAUCUUCUCGGGAGGCUGAUUCAGUGUGCAUUUCCCUUCCAGUGUGCCCACGGACGGCCAUCGAUGGUUCCGCUGGUGGAUCUGGGUAGGGACAUUGGUCCGAUGGAAAGUGCUCAGAAGGAGACUUGUUUCGGACGGAAGUUCAAGCAGUGGAAGCAGCAGAGCUGA